GAGGCCUUCAAGCCUUCAUAGUGAUGGCGGAGAAGCGGCCACUGGGCGCCCUGGGGCCUGUGAUGUAUGGCAAGCUGCCACGCCUCGAGGCAGACUCCAGACCAGGCCACAGCCUGCCCCCCUCUGCUGGAAACCAGGACGCCUGCAGCUACAAGGGAGCCUACUUCUCCUGUCCACUGGGGGGUGCUCCUAAGGCAGGGUCUGAGAGAUUGGCAUCCUGGACCCCAUACCCACCCUUGUACCCCACCAGUGUGGCAGGACCCCCACUUCGGGCCGACAACUUACUGACAAGCUGCCUGCUCUACCGCUCGCCAGUAGAAAGCUCGGAGAAGGUGCAGGAUCCCGGCCCUGUUGAGCUCCUACCCUUCAGUCCCCAGACUCACCCCUACCCGGGCCCGCCACUGGCGGCCCCCAAACCCGUCUACCGCAACCCUCUGUGCUACGGGCUCUCGACCUGCCUGGGAGAGGGGGCAGCGAAGAGGCCGCUGGAUGUUGACUGGACACUGGUGACUGGACCCCUGUUACCCCCUGCAGAUCCACCUUGUUCUCUGACCUCAGCUCCUAGCAAAAGCCAGCCCUUGGAUGGUACCUUUCUCCGUGGGGUGCCAGCUAGGGGGUCUGGCAAAGAGUCUUCGAUGAGCUUCUCCCCCUGCCAAGCAUUUCUGGAGAAGUAUCGGACCAUCCACAGCACCAGCUUCUUGACCUCCAAGUACACAGGCCCUUACUCUGGGGACCCCAAGCAGGCACUGUCUGAUGUACCUCCCAGCCCUUGGACCCAGUUUGCCCAGCCCUUGGGGCCGGGCUGCCAGGAUGCAGUGCCCACCCACUACCCAUUGCCCCAUCCCACGCAGGCCCUGCCUUGCCCUCCAGCCUGUCGCCACCCGGAGAAGCAGGGGAGCUACAGCUCAGUGCUCCCAGUGCCGCCUCUGGGAGCCCACAAGGGGCCCGGGUACACAGCUGGCGGACUGGGCAGCCCUUACCUGAGGCAGCAGGGGGCCCAGACACCUUACAUGUCCCCAGUGGGGCUGGACACUUACUCCUACCCGUCUGGUCCCCUCCCAGCACCCUCACCAGGCCUCAAGCUGGAGCCACCCCUUGCCCCACGCUGCCCACUGGAUUUUGUCCCCCAGACGCUGGGCUUUCCUUACGCCCGGGAUGACCUCUCUCUCUAUGGAGCUUCUCCCGGGCUCAGGGGGACACCACCGUCCCAGAACAGCGUGCAGGCUGUGCCACAGCCCAGUGCCUUCCAGCAGCCGUGCCCGCCUCUGCCUGCCAACCGGCCUUGCUCGGAGCCUGUGAGCUCUGCCGAGCUGCCUGUGCAAGGGGCUGAGGGGAAGCUGUGGCUGCCCGAAUGCAGGAAGGAGCGCCUCCAGCCCCAGCUCAGUGAGCACCCCGGGGCGCCCAUCAUCAUCCGAGACAGUCCGGUUCCUUGCACCCCGCCGGCACUCCCCCCCUGUGCCCAGGAGCACCAGCCUCUUCCACAUAACGAGGGCUCGCUGCCCCCCAGCUCUCCUCCUAUGCCUGUCAUCGACAAUGUCUUCAGCCUGGCCCCGUACCGCGACUACCUGGACGUGCAGGUGCCUGCGGCCACCGCAGAGCCUGACCAUGCUCCCACCGCGAGCCGUGACAAGGACUGUGGGGGGACCCUGCCUGCGCCGGAGGCCCCCUCAAGGACACACUGCUCGCUUAGGGAGGAGGUGGCACUGGAUUUGAGCGUGAAGAAGCCCGUGGCAGAAGCGCCACCUCUCAAGGCCCCCAGCCCCGCAGGGCCUGCCAGGCCCGCUGCAGCCGUGGACAGCACCGCCUCGGGCACGCCAGGCUUGGGGAGCGCAGCCUCGGACGUGCCCGGCCUGAAGAAGGUGGCCACGGAGGCACCAGGGCUCCCCGGGGUGCCAGGGACCACAGAGGCCCCCCCAAGGACCAACUUCCAUAGCUCCGUGGCCUUCAUGUUCCGGAAAUUCAAGAUCCUGCGGCCUCCCUUGCCCGUGACUUGCUUCAACCUGGCACUGCCCAGCCCGCUGGCUGUAGCCGCGGCCCCAGCGCUGGGUCCGGCAGGCCCCGCGCGGGCUUCUACCCCCGCCGCCACGGACUCCCCGGAGCAGCGCUUCACGGGACUGCACGCGUCCCUGUGUGACGCCAUCUCGGGCUCUGUCGCCCACUCCCCACCGGAGAAGCUGCGGGAGUGGCUGGAGAUGGCCGGACCUUGGGGGCGGGCGGCGUGGCAGGACUGCCAGGGUGUGCAGGGGCUGCUGGGCAAGCUGCUGUCCCAGCUGCAGAGCUUCGUGUGCACGCAGCAGUGCCCCUUCCCCCACGUGGUGCGGGCCGGCGCCAUCUUUGUGCCCAUCCACCUGGUGAAGGAGCGGCUCUUCCCGCGGCUGCCCCCGGGCUCCGUGGACCACGUGCUGCAGGAGCACCGCGUGGAGCUGCGGCCCACCACCCUGUCCGAGGAGCGGGCGCUGCGGGAGCGGGCCCUGCACGGCUGCACCUCCCGCAUGCUGAAGCUGCUGGCGCUGCGCCAGCUGCCCGACAUCUACCCUGACCUGCUGGGCCUGCAGUGGCGGGACUGUGUGCGCCGCCAGCUGGGUGACUUUGACAGUGAGGCUGGAUCUGUACCCCCCUCAGAACCCACUCUGACCAGAGGAGAGCCAGAGAGCCUAGCCCUGGCUUGGAAGUCACCCACCCCCAAGGUCAAGAAGCCCGGGAAGAAGCUACCCGUCCCUGGCUCGGAGAAAGCAGAGGCCGCAGGGCGAGGGUCCUGUGAUACCUCGCCUCCCCCCUCUGCCAGGUCCAGCCCACCGGGCCCCACCCUGAGGGCCCGGUUCCGCAGCCUGCUGGAGACCGCCUGGCUCAAUGGCUUGGCGCUACCCACUUGGGGCCACAAGGCCUCGGGAUCAGACCGGCCGGCACCCCGCCCGCAGCUUCUGGGGGCCCAGAACCAUCACCUGUAGCACUAGAUGUCGGUGCUGUUUAGGCAGCUACUGUGGGAGUCACUCUUUGCACCCCUCCUCCGCCUUCCCAGCAGCCCGGAGCCAUCCGUGGAUGU